AUGUCUCUCAACCGCAUCUCGUUCCUAGAGGGCUGGGAGCGCAAUCCGGCCGCCUUUCUACGGGGACGAGCGGAGGACUCUGGGUCCACGGGCCCCGCAUCCGACGAGGAAUCGUACGUUGAUCAAGACCUGCCAGAGACGCUCUCCUCCUCCUUCCCCUCGACGUAUAGCAGACUCAAUUUCAACCCAUAUGCCGGCCCCGCCUGGAGCGAGCGCGGCGACGAUGGCGAUGAUCCCUCGCUGGCCAGUCUUUCCCCUACGACAACGCGGGAAAGUCGAGCGGAGCGGGGGUGGACACCGGGGCCCGUGGCAGUGCCCGCUCGCAGGGAGCCUUGGUGGUCGGAGACCACCGGCGCUUUCGAAGUGAGCCCCGCUAAGCGUAUCGUCCAGGUGUGUUUGGCCGUGGUCUAUUGCUUUCUUGCUGCUGGUAUCGUAUUUGGAUUUGCGGCGCUGAAGCCAGUCCUCAUCCGUGAGAAUGUGUAUCGAAAAUUUUGCUCCCAGGCGGAGCUGGAGGCCAAUGUGCCUGUCUGUGAUGGGCAAGAAAUUCGAUUGAACUUGAUGUUCACAAUUGCAGCCGUGGCUACCAACGUCUCGGCACUUCCUGUCGGAACAAUCCUCGACUCUUGGGGUCCCCGCGUCAGUGGGGUGAUUGGCAGUUUCUGUCUAGCCAUUGGGUCUCUUCUCUUCGCGUUUGCACAUAAGCUGUCCUUCGAUGGAUACAUCCCGGGCUACCUUCUUCUAUCACUGGGCGGGCCCUUCAUCUUCAUCGCAUCAUUCCAGCUAUCGAAUACAUUCCCUAAACGGUCAGGACUGAUACUCUCAACCUUGACCGGGGCUUUCGAUGCGUCGAGCGCGUUCUUCCUAAUUUUCCGACUCUUGAAUGAGCAUACGCAAGGGUAUAUCACAGCCCAGAAAUUCUUCCUCUUCUACCUGGUCGUUCCAGUCUUCAUCACUGUGAUUCAAUUCACCGUCAUGCCAGCAACAUCCUACAAGACAACUGGGGAACUCGUCCAACACGCAGAAACGCAAAUGACCGAAGAACGAAACGACCGCAUCGACACGACCAUUCAGGACUAUGAUGAAGGCGAGCGCCAGCGCCAGAAGCGUCGUGCCCAGCGUCAGGAGAUUGUCCUUCAAAUCCAGGACCUGCUAGACGAUGGCACAGCGUCGAUUCUCUCAGCAGAGACCAUGGACGAUCCAUUCUUCCCCAGAAACGUAUCCAGCCCUGGUAACGGUCUGUCCCCGCAUCGUAUUCCAUCGCGGCCGGCAAGUCCCAAGCCCUUACCGCUGCCGCCGAAUGCAUCAAAUACGCAUAGAAGCGGAGUCUGGGGCGUUCUUCACGGGCAGAGCGCCAUCUACCAGCUGCAAACGCCCUGGUUCAUACUCAUUACUCUCUUCACUGUUCUGAUGAUGCUUCGAAUCAACUACUUCGUCGCCUCUCUGCGUGCACAAUACACCUACCUGCUAGCCUCGCCCGAGAAAGCGCGCGCCAUAAACUCCAUGUUCGACAUUCUUCUUCCUGUGGGUGGACUGCUCUCUAUUCCCUUUAUCGGCACCUUCCUGGAUACACUGCGCACGCGCACCGUACUGGCAAUCCUCGUCUCCACCGCCACGGUGAUCGGUAUCCUUGGCUGUAUCCCGCACAGUCUUGGUGCAGCUUACGCGAACAUCAUCCUCUUUGUCUUGUAUAGACCGUUCUACUACACGGCUGUGUCGGAUUACGCAGCCAAGGUAUUUGGAUUCCAGACCUUCGGCAAGGUCUACGGACUCAUCAUCUGUCUUGCGGGAAUGGGUAAUUUCGCACAGGCUGGUCUGGAUGCACUUACCCUGAAGGUAUUCGACGGAGACCCGGUCCCGGUCAAUUCCGGAUUGACUGUCAUGGUUGCCGUGGUGGGCGGCGCACUGGUUGCAUUCGUCAGCUGGAAGACGACUGUUCUCCUGCGUGCUGGUCAGGGUGCUGUGGAAACCAGCCACCCCCAGACCACCCAGGAUGUCAUCACUCGUGACUGGGAGCGCGAGCCGCUACUGGCGCGAUCUGGCAGUAUUGAAGGUGGUGGACAGCGGGCGUAUGGCGUAUAG